GCACCCACUGACGUGGUUUUCGGGGGCAUUGUUAAAGCAGGGGAGAGCAUGUUACUGUUAGUGAACAGCUUGUACAUAUUUUAGACAGCGGUUUUUUGGCUUAAGUGCUGUUAAGGCAUAUAUAACAAAGGCAUUUUACAUAAGACUUUUUGGAAAACGUCAACGUUAUAGGGUGCCUUUUGUUAGAUGUGGCUAGACACUGUCAUAUGACAAAGAAUUUGGCCAGACUGCGCGCUAGCAAAGCUAAGAAAGAGGCACACAAAGGAAAUGCGGUAGAUUUGAAAAUAUUAUCGUUAACUAAAUGGUCGAGGGAGAAACGUUAGCUAUCUCCGACUACUUUGCAACACAAUAACGUCAUAUCUCAAGCUCUGGUGUAACCUGCUGGCAGUAGAGAAUUUUGUUCAAAGGCUAACAGACACAUUUUUCAGCUAGCUAGCUAACGUAAACUUGCGAGAGUUGGCUGACGUUAUGUGAAGAGCUGCCGUAAUGGCGAAAACGUUACUAGAAAAAAGAGUGUCCAUAGACUUUUAUCCUAAACUCAAAGAAGGCAGCUAGCAAACUAGCCUGCAGUACGAGCAUAGACUGUAUAACUAGCUAACGUUAAGUCAAAUGUUCCUUAGCAAAGCUACUCCGCUAACUAGGGUAUUUGCUGCUUGAAGAGGGCAGUUAACGGUUUCUUAUUCAAUGUUUUUAUUUUUAUUUUGUAAUUGUAUUUGAAUUGAAUAUAGUCGACUAGUUACCUUUUUAGAUGCAUUGUGUCUUCAAGCAGUUACGAGAACGUUAGCUAGUGUUUGGAGUAGUAAUAAGUUAGCAUUGACAAAUAGGCUAGCUAAUUAGCUAGCUGAGCUGACGCUGUACUGUUGGAGCUAACGUUUCCCGUGACAAAGUUACGAAGACAAGCAGCACCGCUGCUGACAACACUAAGUUUAGUGACAGAAAGGGGACGAACAGUGGUUAUUUUUCUUGGAGACAACUAUGGCAACCGCAACAGGCGAGGCCCUGUUUUUGUUAAAGGAUGUGAAGCCUGGGUCUAAAAAUUUGAAUAUCGUAUUCAUCGUAUUGGAGAUAGGACGAGUAACGAAAACAAAAGAUGGUCAUGAGGUUCGCUCGUGCAAGGUGGCAGAUAAGAGCGGGAGCAUUGCUAUCUCUGUUUGGGAUGAACUCGGCAGCCUUAUUCAGCCAGGGGACAUCAUCAAGUUGACUAGAGGCUAUGCAUCCAUAUGGAAAGGCUGCCUGACCCUGUACACUGGAAGAGGAGGGGAUCUACAGAAGAUUGGAGAAUUCUGCAUGGUGUAUUCAGAAGUGCCCAACUUUAGUGAACCAAACCCAGAGCUGCAAACCCAAAACAACCAGCAAAACAAGUCUGGUAAACCAGACCAGAAUCAGAGGGGAAACUCUCCGCCCAAUCAGAAUUCAGGUACACCUGCCCCACCAGGUAAUGGUUCCAUGCCACCAUUUGCCAACAACAACAACCCACCACCUGGGGCACCCCGUGACGCUGCGUUUGGGAGCAUUGGGCGACCCAACGGUCGAUCACCUGGCAAUGGAGCACCUCCAGUUACUGCUGCAGCACCCCCAGCAGCCUCCAAGUCUUCAGUUACCAUUAGCAACGGCAGGGACCCAAGGCGGGCCAAAAGAUGAAAUUGGGGAUUUGGGGAUUAUGUGGGAAAACUAUCGACAUCCCCAUUUCCCCCUGGUCCCUUUUUUUCUUUUUUAUAUAAAAACACUUUGGCCCCUUCCCAUCACAGCCUAUAUUGACUUUCAAAAUAAUUAAUUAAAUUAUGGGCUGCUUGCAUAAUUUUCUUU